AUGAUACUAAGUCCGAUGUUCUACUGGGUUUUAUUUAUGCUCUUGUUCAUUUCUCAAGUAUCAGUGACGGCGUCUGAAUUUCGUCUCUAUUAUACACAUAAUGUAGACAACAAUUUGUUGGAUCAUGACUGUUUGUUAUUGGAUUUAUCUUCUAUCAAGCGAUAUUAUACGUAUCCUGCAAAUCAAAAUCCUAAUCCACAUAAUCCAAUUUCUUACUGUAUACGUCCAUUUGGUACGCCAUUCACCCUAUUAGUAAAUCACGAAAACCGUGUCAAUCAUGGAAAAUCAAUUACAUUCGAAACAUUACGUAGAGAAAAUAUAACAAGUCAACAGUUGUAUUUAUUAUCUGCGCCUAUUGAUGUUAUUGAACGAUAUCAAGAAUUUCUCGAAAAGCCAAAUACAUCUUUAUCAACGGAAGUAUUUAACAAUUGUUCAGAAUGGUGGUUCGGUGAACAUUGUCAAUAUUCAUUUAAUUUGACAUGGGCUUUUGAUAGAAUUCUAUGGUCUUAUUUAAAGUAUCCUAAAAAAGAAAUAAAUAAUGAUAUCAAGAAUGGAACAUGUUAUAUAUUCAUAGAAUGUAAUCGAGGCCCAUCACCAUCUUGUCUCGACUGGCGUGAAAUAUGUGAUGAAAAAAUCGAUUGUUUGAAUAAUGGUCAAGAUGAAAUUGGCUGUGAUAUGUUACAUAUAAAUGAAUGCAAAGAGAAUGAAUUUCGUUGUAACAAUGGAUUUUGCAUUCCAAAAGAAUUUUUUAAUGAUGAUUCCUCAAGUCCAGAUUGUAUCGAUCGUUUGGAUGAAAAGUAUAGCAAUAUUGAAAAUAUUGGUUCAAUAAACUUUGAGUGCCAGGCAGACCCGAGAUUCCAUUGUGAAGAAUCAGCAUGUCGAAAUGAACGUUUCCUAUCAUGUGGUGAUGGCAUAUGUACUACGGAUGAAUGUAGUACUCAGCGUAAAAUUCACUUACAGAGAGCAAAAAUAUCUCAAAAUGCAAACUCUCAUUUAUCAUUUAAUUGUUGGAGAAGUUUGAUUUGUUUGACAAGUCAACAAUAUAAUGGUGAAAAUUUCUCCAAUCACGUGAAAUGUGAGGUGAAAACUACGAAUGAAAAUCUCUUUAGAAAAGCCUGUCCACCACUUUUCUUCUUUCCUGCUCAGCCAAUAAUGCUGAAUCAUGUUCGCUUUGCAUAUGCAAAUAAUCUAACAAAUAAAUAUGAGUUCGAUAGUCUUUUACCUCAUUAUAUAUGUUACGAUCAAGAACUUUGCCAAUGGAUUCCAGCUACUAUAAUGAUACAUGGAUUAACUUGUCGAAACUUUUCUGAAUUAGAUCCGGAUGAAACAACUCUAAAUCCAUUUAAUUCUUUUGAGAAUCGCCUACUAAGCUUUUUUCUGAUGUGUUCAACCACAAUGACUAAUUAUGUUAAUUGUCCAAAGUCAAAACCAUUUCGAUGUGCGCAUUAA